AUGGGCACUGAGCCCACAUCGAGGGGUAGCUCCAGUGGUUCAGCCAGCAGCUUCCGAAAGAUCUCCAAGCCUCUGAUGGAGAAAAGGCGCCGUGCUCGAAUCAACGUGUCACUGGAACAGCUCAAGUGUCUUCUGGAGAGACACUACUCGCAUCAGAUACGGAAACGGAAGUUGGAAAAGGCUGACAUCCUGGAGCUGAGUGUCAAGUACAUGAAAAGCCUUCAGAAUUCAUUGCAAGGACUCUGGCCAGGACCCGGUGGGGUCGACUACCCGUCUGGCUUCCAAGGCUGCUUGCCAGGCGUGAGCCAGCGGCUUCGGCGCGGAGGGGACGGCAGUGGCCUGCGCUGCCCCCUGGUGCUAGAGCGCAGGGCAGGUAGCACCAUGGACAGCGCCAGCCCGCAGGCGGUCUCUGUUCUCAGCCCCUGCCUCCCCGCGGUCUGGACUCCUGCUGCUGGUGGCUCUCAGUCCCCGCUGUCCCCGCUCUCUCUCCCUAGAGGUCUCCCAGAGUCCUCUGCCGGCGUUCAGGCUCCACAACCAGCGUCAAACUGCCAGACCGAGGAAAGCUCCAGGCAGGGGCUUGGGCUGUGGCGGCCCUGGUGA